ACCCCAUACCUCUGCCUCCGUUGCUCCUAUUGUCACCCUCCGAACCCUAGCAGCCGCAUCCGCCGAACAACCCACAUCCCAAACCCCCUUCCUCAAAACCCUCACGGCUUCACCAUGUUCUCCUCCUCCGCCGCCGCCGCCGCACCGGAACAACCACUCGCUGUGUGGGCUCGGAUCCGUCUCGCCGACAGCCGGGACGUUCCCCACAUCCACCGUCUCAUCCACCAGAUGGCGGAGUUCGAGAAGCUGACCCACCUCUUCUCCACCACCGAGUCCUCCCUCUCCUCCACCCUCUUCCCCUCUCCCCAACCUCCGCCUUUCCUCUCCUUCACCGUGCUCAUCCUCGAGCUCUCCCCGAAUCCCUUCUCCCAAAGCGACGAAGAGCACAAAGACACGGCGAACCCCUCUCUCUUCCGCCCGAUCGUCCGGCGGGUGGAGCUGAAGUCCCCACUGGAGGACCCGGAGGCGGUGGAGUUCGCGUCGCCGCGCGGCGGAGGGGCGGUGGUGGUGGGGUUCGUGCUGUGCUUCCCAAACUACUCAACCUUCCUGGCGAAGCCGGGGCUGUACGUGGAGGAUAUAUUUGUGAGGGCGGCGUGGCGGCGAAGGGGGUUUGGUCGAAUGCUGCUGUCGGCGGUGGCGGCGCAGGCGGCGAAGAUGGGGAUGGGGAGGGUGGAGUGGUGCGUGCUCGAUUGGAACGUCAAUGCGAUUAGCUUCUAUGAGGAGAUGGGGGCGGAGGUGCUGCCGCAGUGGCGGAUCUGCCGGCUUACUGGAGAGGCCCUUCAGCGUUAUGGAGCGGAUGGCGGCGGCCGGAGUUAGAGCGAGUUAACUCCCUAGUUUUCUAUCCUUUUCCCCAUCUUCGUUCUGAAUAAUUGAAUUGUUUCUUUAAAAGAAAAGGAGCAGAGCAGUGAUGGAUUUUCUUAUGUAAUGAUAUGGGUGCGGACUAUCCAGAUAUAAAUUUGAACCUUUUACCAAUGUCUAUAUUUAUAU